AGCUCGAAAUUCAAUAUUUAAUACUUUUAAUACCUCGACAACGGCCAACGUCAAUUGAGCGCAACAUGGCUGCGAGAGUGCUGCUGCGACGGCGUGUCGCCGCGCCUUUCAUGGCCGCAACUCUGGUCGGAGGAGCUUUAUUUCCCUCGGUUGCGCUGGCUGAAGCACCAUCACACGACUACUUCAACAAGAAACCUAUCUACGACGACUACGAGACCUUCCUCCCCCCCAAAUCCAGCACAACGCCGGUCCCCUCCCCGGCCUCAGACACCAUACCUCCAGCAUCGUCAGAAUCUUCGCUCCUCCUCCCCGAGCCCAAACACCACAGCCCGACGCCGACCGACCGGCUCGCCGUGCAGAUAGGCAAGGCGCGGCUGUUCCUCUACCGGUACGCAGUCGCGACCGAAGACGCCGUCAACAACGCCGUCGACGCGGCCUUCGGGCUCGAGCGGUCCUUCACGGAGACCGUAGCCUCUCUCGCGCCCCCGCGCGAGAGCGGCGAGAAGCUGAUGCCGGGGCUCGUGUACGUGCUGGUGGCGAGCAUGGCCGGCAGCAUCGCGAGCCGGAACCGGAACCUGGUCCUAAGGGCCUCGGUGCCGCUCGCCUUCGGCGUCGGCGCCGGCUGGCUCCUGAUCCCCGUCACCAUGACCAACGUCGCCGACCUGCUGUGGACGUACGAGCGCCGGUUUCCUGCUUUGGCCGACGCACACCUGAAGACGCAGCAGGGCGUCCAGGAUGCGUGGCGCUUUGCCAGGGUCCACGUCGACGUGGGUAAGACCUAUGUCGAUGAGAAGGUUAGCGACGCCCGGGAUAUCGUCGAGGGCUGGGUGAAGAAGGGGAAAUGAGCGGAUGGUGUUCGACGACGGAGCGCUUCCUUGUACUAUAGAUCAAUGCAUAAUAGACAGAACUUUGCUUUGUUCAAGGUUAUGUUAUGUGGGGUUUAUGUAGAUGACAGCAAAAUAAAUGUGAAAGCAUAUAUUGAAUUCAAAAUAAGACUUUAAGAAUUGUGAUGUGUGGUCUGCUUGGCACUUUU